AUGGGGCGCGGCGCGCUAAUAAUGUUGAUCCUAAUGACGACCGCAUGUUUCGUCCAGCCGAGAUUUGUGGUCGAGAAAAGCAGCCUGCGCAUUUUAUCCCCGUCCCGUCUCAAGUCGAUCCACGACGCCUCCAUAGGGAACUUCGGUGUACCUGAGUACGGAGGAUUCCUGGUCGGGACCCUCAAAUACCCGAACAAAACCCCGUUCGCUUGCUCCCCGUUCGACGGGGAUAAGCCUUUCAAGUCAAACUUCCCUCACCCGACAAUCCUAUUAGUGGAUCGAGGCGACUGCUAUUUCGUGCUCAAGGCUUACCACGCCCAGCUGGCGGGUGCUUCGGCAGUCCUCGUGGCCGAUACAAUGGACGAGCCUCUGCUGACUAUGGACUCCCCUGAAGAGAGCUCUGAUUCCGAGGGCUAUGUGGACAAGAUCAACAUCCCGUCAGCGCUGAUCGAGCGCUCGGUUGCUGACUCGCUCAAGGAAGCUCUCUCGAACGGGGAACAAGUGUUGAUGAAGCUCGACUGGACGGAGUCGAUGCCCCACCCGGACCAGCGAGUGGAGUACGAGUUUUGGACUAACAGUAACGACGAGUGUGGGGUACGAUGUGACGAUCAGACGAGCUUCGUGAGUAGCUUCAAGGGGAAUGCUCAGCUGCUGGAGCGGGGCGGGUACACCAAGUUUACGCCGCACUACAUCACGUGGUAUUGUCCCCAGCCUUUUGUGCUGAGCGAUCAGUGCAAGUCGCAGUGUAUUAACCGCGGGAGGUACUGUGCGCCCGAUCCGGAGGAUGAUUUUGGGGUCGGGUAUUUGGGGAAGGAUGUCGUGCUCGAGAAUCUCAGGCAGCUAUGUGUUCAUAGGGUUGCCAACCACACGGGACGCCCUUGGGUUUGGUGGGAUUACGUAUCCGAUUUUCACAUCAGGUGCUCAAUGAAACAGAAAAAGUAUAGUAAGGAUUGUGCUGUGGGGGUCAUCAAGUCACUCAAUCUCCCCAAUGAUGAGAUAAACAAAUGCAUGGGUGACCCUGAAGCUGAUGUAGAUAAUCAACUCCUCAAAACUGAACAAGAUCUUCAGGUUGGUCAUGGAUCGCGUGGCGAUAUUACAAUCUUACCAACUAUGGUGAUAAAUGGUGUUCAAUACAGAGCUGUUGGAUCGGGAAGAUGUGCGGUCAACAAUGGAGGUUGUUGGUCCGAAACCAGAAAAGGAAACAAGUUCUCUGCUUGCAUAGUUCAGUACACCACAAUCACCCUUCAUACACUUGAUUCGGAUAUAUCAGGCUGUCGGUGCCCAACAGGCUUCCGUGGCGACGGCCAUAAAUGUGAAGAUGUGGACGAGUGUAAAGAAAGAGUGGCCUGCCAAUGUGAAGGCUGUAGCUGUAACAACAAAUGGGGUGGAUAUGACUGCAAAUGCAGCGGUGGCAAACUCUACAUAAAAGAGCACGACACGUGCAUUGAAAGGAGCAGUUCGAAAUUAUGGCGAUACCUUUCGUUGGUGGUGCUGGCCGUGGCAUUGGGUGUCGGAUUAGCUGGUUACAUAUUCUACAAAUACAGACUAAGGGCAAGUCACUAUUUCCUUUCUCUUUCUUCAUUUUGGCUACGGAGAAAUUCAAUUGGUAUUGUGUUUGUUGUGCAGUCAUAUAUGGACUCAGAGAUCAUGGCCAUAAUGGCACAAUAUAUGCCACUGGAUAACCAACAGAAUCUGGUCGUUCAUCAUCGGGAUGAAGCCGAACCCCUAAGACAAUCUAUCGCCUCAGCCUGA